AAAACAAUGUUAUCCCCUACUUUACCCUAUGUAUGUUACUCUACCCCUAACCCUACUACUCUAUAUCCUGCCCCAACAUACCAUACCCUACCACCCUUUGCACUGAUCUUGUUAUGGACAUCAAAGCGAUAUAUUAACUAUGCCAUUGACAAAGCCACAUCACAAAAAACCCCACUGUCUAGCCCAUUAAUGCAAUUAGAUCUAUCUUCUUCUCUGUCUUUCAUUUGCAUGUUAUCAGGGGUCCAUCUGCGUAACAUGGACAGCUUCAUCCAAGCUGUUCAGCAGGUCGAAGACUCUAACCCUGGUCUGUCCCCUCUGGCUCUGAUCAGAGCCCUGCGGAGGACUGCUGGCCACGAUGACAAGAUGACCAUCCAUUUUUUGGGUUCGUCUUAUAAUCUCAGUGAUGCUGAGGUGUUGGAGCCAGCCAUUCUCAACACCACAGCCUUUAGCUUCUUUGACAAAGCCAUCCACCACACCCUGACAGACCAAGGAGAGGAACGAGGGGUGGUGCUUGCUCCAGAUGGCACCACAGUGGCUCUUGCACCUUUACUGCUAGGAAUCGAAUCAGGCCUAAAAGCCAAACUUGAGGGGACACCGGUCAUCGGGCUCUUCCCUCUCACUUUAGGCAGGCCGUUGGGCCUGUCUUUCCUCAGCCUUCAGGACUUCCCACCGUCCUCUCGCAUGGGGCCAAAUGGGUGCUGGGACAAUGUGGACCGCCCUAAGGUGUUCAAGCUCUCCCGUUCAGCCACUCUGGCCACUGAUGCUGUCAUUAGCGGGGGCAUGGAUGGAGUGAUACUGGGCACCGACAUCAGCAGCUUAUCUGCAUCUGAGCAGCUGCUGCCCCUCAGUGAAAUUUUAAAAGGUUACUAUAGUUUCAGUCUGAGUGAGAGGCAGGGUCUGGAUGCUGUGACUAGCCAUGUCAGCCCGAGGCGAAGAGAGAUCUCUAGAAGCAUUCUGGAGCUACUGGAUCUUCACAGCCAGGUGAUGGAGACGCUAACAUUAGUCUGGAAGUUGGAGGAGACCGAAUGGAUUGCCUUUGACACUGGAGUGGGGAAGACAGUGAAGGAUGGAUUACAGGAAUUUGUGCACAAAUACUGGGACUGUCCUCAAAUCAUCCCUCGUUGUCAGUGGGGGGCAGAAGAAUACCGGGGCACACCAACCCCACUGUCUCUGCCCCUCCAGUUUCUCUAUGUUCAUCACACCUACGAGCCAUCCUCACCCUGUUUAAGCUUCUCCAGGUGCUCUCUCAACAUGAGAUCCAUGCAGAGAUUCCACCAGGAAGAUCGUGGGUGGAGCGAUAUAGGAUACAGCUUUGUGGUGGGCUCAGACGGCUACGUCUAUGAAGGCAGAGGUUGGAACCUCCUCGGCACACACACCAGAGGGCACAACUCCAUAGGGUACGGCGUGUCACUCAUCGGUAACUACACUGCCAUUCUGCCAUCUCGCCAUGCAAUGGACCUGAUCCGUCGCCGUCUGGUCCAGUGUGGAGUAGAUGGAGGAAAACUGGCAGCCAAUUUUACCAUCCAUGGUCACAGACAGGUGGUGAACUACACCACCUGCCCUGGGGAUGCAUUCUUUUCAGAAAUGAGAAGCUGGGAGCACUUCAAAGAGUGACCCACAUGCAAGCUUUGCAUCCUUAAAAACAAAUGGAUCUAGAGGGAUAUGGAUUUUGAAAAAGCAGAGGAAUAAUAAGACUCAUCGACUGUAUUAAAUAUGAUUGUUUCAAA